UGGGAGGGGACGUUUACAGCACGCAGUAAAAACUCCGACACACGCCACCUCUGUGUUACUCUUCAACACAGGGAGGUUGUGCGGGACAGAAGAGACUGACAACCUGCAGAUACAACAGGACUCGAUUGAUUUUUACUUGAUUACUGACUUCAGCCUCAAAGAGCCCGUCAGUGGGAUUUCACUGUGUCCAGCUGCAUUGGAUGACGCUACCAUCCUGGUGUCGGACAACAAUCAACAGCGCUACCAUGCCGUCUCUGCGACACUCGUAUACUGUGACAGUACCCGAGGAACUGGCCGCUUUCCCCUUAGACAAACCCGACCUGCGGAGAAAGAGCCCGUCGUUGUCCCGGUCCAAGCUGGUGUCCACAUUUAUGGGUCUGAUCAUCAACCAGGCCAAGAACAAGAGUCCUCAAGGCCUGGUGGGACUGAGGAACCUGGGCAACACAUGUUUCAUGAACUCCAUCCUGCAAUGUCUGAGUAACACUCCUGAGCUGAGAGAUUACUGCAUGAGAAACGUCCAUCGCACAGACCUCAACAACAACUGCAGGACUAACGCUGCUCUCAUGGAAGAGUUUGCAAAGCUGACUCAGAGUCUGUGGACUUCUGUGAACAACGAGGCCAUCAGUCCCUCUGAUUUCAGGAGCCAGAUCCAGAGAUACGCUCCCAAAUUUGUGGGCUGCAAUCAGCAGGACGCCCAGGAGUUUCUGCGCUUCUUAUUGGAUGGUCUCCAUAAUGAGGUGAACAGAGUGACGGUCCGUCCUAAGGUGUCCGUGGAGGACUUUGACCACCUCUCGGAUGAGGAAAAAGGCAAGCGGAUGUGGAAUAUGUACUUGGAGAGAGAGGACAGCAAAGUAGUGGAUCUGUUUGUUGGCCAGCUGAAGAGCUCUGUGACCUGCACCGUCUGUGGUUUCCGUUCCACGGUGUUUGAUCCAUUUUGGGACCUAUCGAUACCUGUUGCACAGAAGAGCUCAGGCGAAGUGACUCUCAAAGACUGCUUGAGACUCUUUACAAAAGAGGAUGUGUUGGACGGAGAAGAGAGACCGACAUGCAACAGAUGCAAAGCCAGAAGGAAAUGCACCAAAAGAUUCAGCAUUCAGAAGUUCCCUCAGAUCCUUGUGCUUCACCUGAAGCGUUUCUCAGACUCUAACAUCCGAGCCAGCAAACUCUCCACAUAUGUCAACUUCCCUCUCAAAGAGCUGGACCUGCGGGAGUUUGCCUCAGAGAGCAGCGAGCGCGCUGUGUAUAACCUGUAUGCAGUAUCCAACCACUCGGGAAACGCUUUGGGAGGCCAUUACACAGCCUACUGCAGGAACCCAGCACUGGGGGAGUGGUACAGCUACAACGACUCCAGGGUGAGCCCAGUGUCCUCCAGCCAGGUUCGCAGCAGCAACGCCUACGUCCUCUUCUACGAACUGGCCUCCUCCCCACACAGCAAAUAUCAGACGUGUCGGCUUUAGACACUGGAGGUGUGAUAAGCUGUACUAAACUGGGCCUAAAAAUGAAGUGAGACACUGCCUGCUGGGAGAGAGCUCCGUCUAGUGGAGAGGGUACUGCCAUUGCAGACUGUGAAUGUGGAGCACAAAGACUUGUUGCUGAGAAAAAACACCCUCUGACCUUCCUCUCAAUGUGUUUUUUGAGGGAAAAGGCUGGAUGUCAAAGCACAUUUGGAGGUCAGGAUUUCAAGCUGAGUUCAUAAGUUGGGUGGAACUGAAGUGACAUUGAGAAAAUACAAUGACAAUAGAAAUUCAGUUCAAGGCACAGCUGUGAGUCAAACUUAAAAUGCCUUUUUGGAGUGUAACAAGACCCUCUUCUUAUUUUCACUCCAAAAACAGACACCUUACAGCUGUGCCUGGACCUGAAUCUAUACCCACUUGAGUGGAUUUUUUUCUUUUUUAUGCACUUUGAACAUGAACUAUUAACCUUAUUAUGUGUGGACAUUGCAGAGACUUGAAAAAUGCCUCACACACUGACUGAAAGAUAUAAUUUAUUCUAUUUAACGUAAUGCCAGUAACUGAACGUGCAUAAUGUAUAUGUCAUUUAACAAAGCCUCAUGGUUUCCUCUAAAAACAGUGGGAGUCCUCUAAUGGAGAGGGGAUGUUUUAUGUCAAAGCACAUUUUAUUUUUGUACAGUAUUUAUGGACAGCACAGUGAAUGUAACUGUACUGUGAACAAGCCAGACAUACCAAAGCAGCUGUGUAAAAAUGCAUCAACAAUACUUCUUCCAGCAAUAAUGUUGCUGACUUUGCAUCUUAAGUCAGUUCAGUCUAUAAAUGAUUAAAAUUCAAUGUUAGCACUGUUA